AUGAAGACUUGCGAGCUUAUUGACAAUUAUUAGAGUCUCCUAAGUGACAUGAAAAACUAAAUCUCACAUAUAAAAGGAAGGUUCCAACUAAGCAACAACAUCUCCACAAGCUAAUCAUAAUAUUUUAACUAGCCAGAAGAAAUGAAUGCCAAGCCAACUUACCCAGAUAACAUUGACUCUAAUCAUAACUUUAAUGCUCUUGACACCUAGAGAACUCUUACCAAUGGAAUGAAUACACAAAGUACAUUUAAUCAGAUAGGGUCUCCUAUCAUGAAGAUACAAGAUAAUUAAUCAUCUAGGAUUUCCCAUCAGAACAUGGUGUCUCAAGAUGAAAUUUAUAAUAACAAUUUGCUUGAGUCUUGUCAGUCAUUCAGAGAUCUUCAGCAUCACCAUAAUCUUAUCUAAGAUCAUGCCUUCUCCCCAGACAUUCAAAAGUCCUCGGUAGAAAGAAGGUAAACAGAGAACCAUGAGUCUCUCGGUAGAAGGGAAGUCAUUAAAAAUUAGCAAUCAAGAAGGAUAUUGUCUUCUCUAAACUUAACUAAGUCACCAUCAAACAAUAACAACAUCGCCAACCCCUACAAUGAAAACGCAGCACUGAUUUCCACCUCCUCGAAUUAUAAGUUCACUAAUACUUCUUGCGGUUCUCCAUAGUCGCCAAAGCAAUAUAUGAUUUCCCCCUAGUCAAUGUACCAAUCUAGGUUUGAUUUUCAAAACUAAGCCAACAAAGAAAACCAAAACAUUAAUACCUCCCCAAUGCAUAUUCACCAUUUGAGCAAUCACAUUCCAUCUCAGACUUUCAUUAAAAAGUAAAUUGACUUUGAGGAACAGUACUACGAGCAAGUCAAGUUGAAUAAACAGCUUAUUGACUAAGUAAAGUCACUCAAAGUCAAAGGUGAUUAAGCUCAUGUUAAAGCCUAGUAGGAGUAUGACGUGAAGUUGAUUAAGACGAUUUAAAGCGAAGAAUAUAUGCAAAAGAAAUGCAGCUAAAUGCAAAUAGAGAACCAAGAGCUUAGGUCAGAGAUUUAAAAUCUUACUAACUUGAUUGAGGGAUAAUUGAGAAGUAAUUAGGAGUUAGAGGUGUUUGUUGAGAAUUGUGAAGUCAGUCAGGCUAAGUUCACUGAUAGGCAGAAGACUUACAACAAGAAAAUCCAAGAUCUGAAUAAAAGAAAUCAAGACCUGAGAGAUCAAAAUAUUUAGCUCGAGGAUAGAGUGAAAUUGCUUGAAUAGGAUAAGCAGAAAUUAAGUGAGAAAUGGAUAAGAGUGUCAGCAAGGCAGAGAGUAGAUGAUAGAAACAGAAGCAAGGUAAGAGAAAAGGAAAUCAAGGCAGAACAUCUAGAGAGACAAAUAGAUCUAAACAAUUAAAAGAUAGAACUCAUUGAAAAGGAGAAUAACUCUUUAAAAGAGGAAAACUCGCUGAAUAAAAAUAGACUGACUCAACUUCAAUCAUUUACUAAAGAUCUUUAGUGUAAACUUGAAGCACUAGAAAAAGAAAAGUUUCUGGCAGACAAAGUCACAAACGAACUAUUAGCUAGAAUCCAAAGAUAUGAAUCUGAUAUAAAUGAUUUAUAGGCUCAAAACCAAUAAAUGCAAGAUACUGUUUAACAAGCCCAGAGAGACCAAGAGGAUUUAAAGUUGAUUGAGCAAGAAAUGGAGAACAUGCAAGAGAAAAUGAGUUAAAUAAAUUCUGAGAGCAUUGAGAUUCAGACUUUCAAUAUGCAGCUUGAAUAAGACAACCAAAGACUCAACAAUGAAGUUCAAGUGCUCUUGGAGUCCUAAGUUAUUAAAGAUCAGCAAAUACAGAGUCUAUAACUCCAGCUUGAACACCAAAAUGAAUAGUUCAAGGAACUUCAAAGAGAGUUCACUGAUGUUAUUGAUCAGUUAUCAAAGAAAGAAGGUGUGCUAGGUGUCAAAUUCAGUUAGGAAGAUCUCUAAGACGCCGCAGAUUAUCUCAUAAGUCAGAUAUAGCUGGACUAGUAGGAGUAGUCAUGUGAUAGAUAUGAUAAUAAUACAAGCGUGGAAGACCAAACAAUCACCUUUUUAAUUGUCAAGUCUGCUCAGAAGAUUAAAUUCUUGAACAAGUAUAUAGAUGGAUUCAAGCAGGAGCUUGAAGAAGUCUCAGAGAAGUAUGACAAGUUGGCUCUCAAGUAUAGAGACUCUAACAAGGAAAAUGAUAAUCUCAAGAAUAUGAGAGAUGUCUCACUCGUGCAAAUAGACAACUAUAUGCUUGAAAUCAAGGAACUCAAGCAAUAUAUCCAAGAAUUGGAGAGUAUGAUAAAGGCUGGAGCUAAUACGAGUCAAUAAAUAAAUCAUUUCUAAGAGACAUUUUAGGCUGCUUCUCAAUCUGACAUGAAUGUACAUUAGUACAAUGGGUUCGACAGAUCUCCGUCUCUGAUGCAUCUAUAUUCUUCAGUAUCAAAUGAUCAGAGUAUCUAGGGAGAAGAUUAUGAUGAUCCUAAUAUGUACAUUUCCAUGAAUUCACAAAAACAAAGGAACAUGCACCAAUAGCAACAAAGCUACUAGCAAUAAGUUUCACAUCAAACUAUGUCGAUGUACAAUAACAAUCAUACUGAUUAAUCAAUAAAUCCAAGGCAGAGUGUCAAAUUUUUGGAAAAAAUAGACUCUAAUAGAAGAUCAAUCAACAAUCUUUCAUCUAUCUAGCAUUCGUACGAUCAUUCCAGAGUAUGUCUACCAACUAGGCUACUUUAAAACCAAAACUCUACGUUCAUUGCUAACCAAGGCAAAGUAAAUCAGUCUGUGAAUCAAUAGUCUAAUAGCAAUGAGAAGAAUGACAUGUCUCUCUCAGAGCAGAUCAAGAAUACUCUAUAGCACUAUAAAAAGUAACAAUAGAUUCAGAGACGCACUAGUAAUUCAAAGUCAGGUAAGAAGAGCAGCAUCCUGAUAAAGAAAAGUGAGGAAAGAAAUGCAUAAUAGCACUCCUUGACUCGCAGUCCGAUAAAUCAAAAUAAUGAUCAGCAAUAGCAUCUCCAAGGAGAACCCUAUCACUCUUAAAGAGCAGUCUCCAGUUAUAAUUUGCAUACUUAAGCUGCUUAAAGCAGCAGACCUUAGCAGUUGUAAAGUGUCAGAUAAAGUCAAUCAUAGGCAUCAAAUCUUUUAGGUGCACCUUAGACUAAAAGUAGCUAGGGAAAUGGACAGUGGGACGACUAUCAAGAAUCAAAGAAGAUGAAGAAGACCCAAGCAGGAAUCGAUGUAAACACACAGUAACUGCCCUCUUAUGAAGAAUAAAUGGAUGGGAAUUACAAGAAAAUCCACAAAAUUCUGGCAGUAAACAACAAGAACAAGGAUGUAAGGGAGGAGAUCAAAGAUCAUCUCAAUGAGAAACCAGAAAAUCAAUUGUCCCCAGGCAUGGAACCUGUUGAUAAGAUUUACUUCAGAAGAAGAGACGAAGCCUCGCAAUAUGCAGAAUUCCUCUUCAAGUCUAAGGUAAAAUUCACAUAAAUAAACUUUCAAUAGGUUGUACUCACUAAGAAAUGA